GCGCAGUGAGGCUCCAUUGUCCGGCUGCGGCGGAGCAGAGGAGCGGUCGUCUGCGGCGUCACCGUCAGCCCGACUUCCCGGGGACUCGCGGGGGGGUCCGAGGCGAGCAGCGGCCGCGCGUCCGAGCCGCGACGGUGCUGACAGCAACAGUUGGUCUGGGAUGCGGCGGCGGCGAGCGCGAGCCGGCUGAGCGCGCGCAGCAGAGCUAAUCACCUGGGCUUCUGGCGUCAUCCCGCGUGUCACCCUCCCACCCGCCACCAGACGCCGGCCCAUGUUCCGCCCGGCAGGGAGCCAGAGCUGACGAGCCCGCGGAGACUUUCGGAGCGGACCGAGGGGAGGGGGGGCCCGAGCGCGCGGAUCCUGACUGCAGCCAGCGCCGCGUCGGUCCUCGCAUGGGGGGGAAGCAGAGCACGGCCGGGCGACCGCGCGGCGCCUUUCCCGGCGUGUCCACGGAUGACAGCGCGGUGCCACACGCGGCCCACUUCGGCCACUACCGAGCCAGCGGAACCAUGGGCCUGCGCAGCCGCUCGGUGAGCUCCGUCGCCGGGAUGGGCAUCGAACACAGCCCCACCGUGCCCUUCGGCUUCUACACGCCCAGAGGGACGGACUCGAGUCGAGCCGGCGGAGGGUCAGGGGGCAACACCGCCGCCCCCCACGGGACCGGCUUCCAGGACUCGGGGGCGGACGGGGUGCUGUACCUGGGCUCCCGGGGGUCGCUGGCUGACUCCCUGCCCCUGCACAUCGCGCCACGCUGGUUCAGCGCGCACAGCGGUUUCAAGUGUCCUGUCUGCUCCAAGUCUGUGGCCUCCAACGAGAUGGAGGUCCAUUUCAUCAUGUGUCUCAGCAAACCUCGCCUCUCCUACAACGAUGACGUGCUGGCGAGGGAUGCCGGUGAAUGUGUGAUCUGUCUAGAGGAACUGCAGCAAGGAGACACCAUAGCCAGACUGCCGUGCCUCUGCAUCUACCACAAAAGCUGUAUAGACUCCUGGUUUGAGAUCAAUCGCUCCUGCCCUGAACAUCCGUCUGACUGACUGCAAGCAGGGCAUCCAACCUAACACGGCUGAAUCCUCCAUCUUGACCCAGACCCUGAUUCAACAGAACCAAAAAAGCGUGACUGCAACGUCGAUGUACAAUAAAGGGCCGACCGUCUCCAUCGCUCAUCCGCCGCCGCCCCCCUGCUGAGCCCUCCGUCCUCCCGAACCCGAGUCGCCUCCCGACGGUCCGCAGCAGACCUCCAGGAGUCCGCCUUCCAUCUGGUCACCCGUGUCCAGCGCUCCCAUGGCCUUAAGACGAGAGGAGACGGCAAGAGCGACGACCGAGCCCUCGGGACGUCGCCGGGUCAGAAGUCGCACAAUCUCGCCACGUCAACAUGGACGCCGUCUGGCGGGUCGCUGGUGUCGGCUGGCGACGCGGCGGCUGAGCAGCAGCUGCGGGAGUCCACAACCACACAACGGAAUGUCAUCUUUCUGUCCCGGUCUUUUGUUUGUCGGAUAUUCGGUUGAGGAUCAAAACUAUGGCUCAUCCAACUCUACCUCCGGAGUGGGAGACAGGCGAGGUGGUGCCUCCUGUCACCGACUGAAGGUCCAGACCAGCCCAGCGGCACCGCAGGCUCUGAGUUAGUGUGAAGAAGUUCCUCUUCAGGGGUGAAGGAAGUGUCCGUCUGGGUCCACAGUGAUGAGCUGGUGGGAGCGAUAGAGAAAGGAUAGGAAAAACAUGACGUCAGACAUGGAGGGCUCAGAAGGCGCUUAAAAAAAAAACAUGACUAAGUGUUGGCUGAGACAAACAGACAAUCAAAGUGUGGAUUUUUAGCGACAGGCAGGACAAAAAGCGACCCUGAAGGAGGAUAGUAAACUUUACCGACUGAAAUGAUGUCAUUCUGUCCAGGGGGUCACCGGAGUUUGGCCAUGAAGGGAAGGAACCUGAGCUUUCAAACUCAACUGACGGGGUGAGAGAGGGAAGCACCAGACGUUCCACAGAAAUCGCUUCCACUGAGACUCUCCAGACGUUACACCUGCGUGCUAGCAACAAAGUGGCGGCUGAUGCUUGAUUCGUCGGGGUGUACGACUGGCAGCGAGGGGGUGUGGAGCUCUCAACGUUGAUGUCCAGUAGGGGACCGUGUUCGGAUAAAAAUAAAACCAAUUUAACAAGAAGAAGAACCAGUUUCAGUGUCAGCAGAAGGGUUUGUUUUGGGGACCGCUGGACUGGCUUACAUCACAUGGCCGGUUCUGGAGUCUGGUCUGCUUUGUUGCCAGCAGGUUGGACCUGUUCCUCCACGGGACCGGGCCGGAGUCAGUUUGGUUCUGCGUGGACGCACUGCGGAGCUGGUGCCCGACACAGAUGAGGAUCAGCACCUCGCAUUCGGCAGACACCGGUUCUGGUUCCCAUCAGAUUAAAAUAGCAACAUUUUUGAUCCUCAACUGAGUAUCGAGCGUGUCGGGGGAGGAAGGGGGGUGGGAGCAGCGAGAAGAGCCAACUGAGCAUGCUCAGUUCUCCUCGGGGGUUUGGGUGAGAGUGGUCUGCAGUUCACCCUGUGAGUGAGUGAGUGAGUGAGUGAGCCAGAGUUCAGAGGGCUGACAGUGCUGCCGCGCGCGCGCGCGCGUGUGUGUCUGUGUAGUGAAAUGUUUACAGUCUAGAUGUCCCCAGCGUGCGACUGGCAGUCCUCCCUUUACUUUGCUGAUGUUUACAGCGCCGGAGAAGCGACAUGACAUAUUGUACAAUGACUCAUGGAACAUGGCUCCGUUCGUCUCCACUUUCCUUUUUAGACCUGCCAGAUUUUGCAUCUUUCUUCAGCCUCAAAAUCGCGCGUGCGCGCGCGUCUAGAUGUACGGCUGACUGUGCGCGUGUGACUCAAACGGCGCCUCUUGGUCUAUGCUACUUGUCUUUCUGCUGGUGCGCGUGUGGCCGCCUGGACAUGUGAGCCACACAGACCCCCAAAAGACUCACACUGCAAGGGGCUUAUUUAUUCAUUUGUUCAUAUUUAACAAUAUUUGUUUAAUAUAAAGAUCAUGUGAGGUGUCACUCACUCUUCAGAAUGCCAAGAGCUGACGUACGAAGACAAACUACCGCAUUAACAAAGCUACUGUAAACUAAUGGUGGAAUAAAUUGUGUUAGAUGA